UUCGGAGUAAAGUGCGUAGCUUGUUCGGCGAAAAAAACAAUGGAAAUAUCAUCCGCUUACCCCAGCGCAGCCGAAGCGUUGAUGUCGUAGCGCGCGGAGACUGGCGUUGGUUGGUUUUACGACUUGCUGAACGAAAAAAGUCAAGUCAAUGUGGCAAAGGGGCGAAGACGUACGGAGAAUUGGGUGCUUUGCAAUUGGCAAAUAGAGUGCGUGUGAGGGUCGCAUCAUUCUUCGAUAACGUAUGCAGCGAAACGGCAAACUACGCUUUGUUCCGGUCGCGCUUCGAUUCCAGCAGCUACGCGCGGCAGGCUGCCUGUUUGCUCCGUGCGUAAGCAAAGCAAAUAACACCGGCUGGUGAAGGGUUGGGUGGUAAAAGUGUUGACGAUCUACGUGUGGGGUGACGGCAAUCUAGUAAGCGCGUUACGACAAUGGUUGUUUCCAAGGAAGGUAAACGACGUCGCAAGGUGACGACAAUCCCGCAAACCGGCGGUCCCAAUGCGUCCGGCGGUAGUGGACCAGCCUCCAGUGCGGCGGUGGAACGGGAUUUGUCUCCUCCGGAUAUACCGAAGCGACCGAAAGUCCACGCACAACGUAAAUUUGCUCAAGGUCAAGGAGCUCCUUCGUCUUCUUAUUUGAAUUAUUCAACCGCGCCACCCACACCGGCUAAGGAUGGCCAGAACAAUCGAAACAGUACGGGCGGCGGCAAUAACAAUGGAACGACAGCAAGUGCCACCGGGGGAGCCUCGGGUGCAGAAUCCACUCCCCAAGUGACAGAACUGCUGCCAAACAUGCGCCCAAAUACAGAAGAUUUUCUGACCUUUCUUUGCUUCCGUAAUACGACCGUGUUACCGCCUGCGUUGGAUUUCUUCAACAAAUCCACAAACGCUACAUCCAAUAGCAGUGAAAGUAACCAACCUACUGCCGGCACAAGCGGCACCACCGGAGCAAGCGCCGUCAGCCGGCAGAAACCAACCGAAAACGCUGUGCAAUCAUCAUCAUCCAAAGUGAACAGUCAAAAACAAACGCCUUCGGUGUCGGAAAAAAAGGAAACCGUACCGGAGGCGUCGAGGAGCAGUGCAGAGGAACCGAAAGAGGAAAAGUUAGUCGCAGCUCCCGCUCCGCCGACGACGUAUAUGCCUUUCGCGGUACGAAAACGGGCCGAACAGCAUCCGGCCGAAGCACGACCGGAUCGCAAGCGGACGCAGGAUAAAAUGCAAGCACUGAGGAAAAAAUAUCACGAUCAACGGGUGGCCAAGCUGCGGGCAACAAACCCAGGAAAGCAAGUCACAAGGGGCACUACGGUUGCUACAGUAAGCACUCGAUCGUCCAAAACGGGCACGAAGGAACCGCUGAAGAGCUCCGAAGAUGAAAAAUCAGACGAUGAAGAAAAACCGGUACCGAAAAAGAGCAUCGAAACCGAUGAUAACGACGACGAAGAUAUGGAUGGCGUUGAAGAUGAACCGAAGACAAAAGAUAAAGCUAAGAAGAAACCCCCAACAGGUGGUAAACGAAAAAGCGGUCUUCGUAGUGGAUCCGUUGUGGCUGAUAGUCCGAGUCCUGCCAGAGAAAGUAGCAAAGUGCAACUCCCGACAAAGAACUCGCGGACGAAACGUGACUUGACGCAAGCAGCUAUGAAAGAGGAACCUUCAGUGAAAGCUCCUAACAAGAGUAAAAAGUCCCCAUCCCCGGAACAACCGACGGAGGAAACCGCCAAAACGACAUCGGGACGAGCCGGCAGCGGGGCCAAAAAGUCUACCACGGAGACACCAAAACAAUCUCCAUCGCAAACAAUCUCCGGAGCAACGGAAUCGGAAGGAAGGGAAAAGCGUACGACGCGGCUCUCCGCGCUGCGUGGUCCAGCGACUCAAUCGUCCGGAAAAGCGGAAGGAAAGUCAUCACCCGUUCCGAUUGCCGUAAAGGAGAAGGAAAAGAAACAACAACCGUCUCCGUUGCCAGAUCCACCGGUUGACUAUUCAUCCGAGGACGAUGAGCCACUUUCACGGUCCGCUCGCACGGAGAGACGAUCGUUGGUGAAGGAUACUGCCGUGGCCGUGGUCGGCAAAACUACUCGCUCCGGACGAAGCCGAAAGUCGGAACCGGUGGUAGAAAAGGAGCCCGAUGAAACGCCCGAUAAAAAGCUGCGCCGAUCAGAGUCGGUGGUAAGCCGGCGUUCGGAUAUAAGCUCGAAAAAGUCGGCUGAGUUGCGUGAGACUGGCAAGAAGACUCCUCAAUUGCAGCAGCAGCAACAGCAACGGGGAACAAAAAGGAAAGAAACGCCUACCCAGUCGCAUGAGCUGAACAAUGAAAAGGAGCUUUCUUCCCCAGAAGCAAGUCCUGUUGUUGCCGGUGGUCGAAAGCAAGCGAAUGCAAGUAAAAAGAAAAGAGAAACGCCAGCUGCCAAAACACCGGACAUCAGCACGAGUGUAGCGAGCGAGAGUGAGGAGAAAAAGGCGCCGAAAAGUGCUCCUUCCACGCCGGUGGAAUCGUUGGGAACGGGACGACCGUCGCGAAAAACGAAGGAAGCCGCCACACUCUAUAUGGAGCUGAUCGGGCGGAGGCUCAAUCACGACGAUAAAUCGGACGACGAUGCCUCCUCACUAGAUAGCCUCGAGCUACCGAACGUGCGCAAGCUGGAGCAGAUGGAAAACGAACUCAAGGCAAACGCGGGCAAAAAGGCAAAUGCUGCCGGGGUUAGUAAAAACACAAAGACUGCGGCCAAUAAACAGCAGCAGCAGGCGGAUGCUAAGAAGAAAAAGCUACCACCCGAACCUGAAAUCACAGCCAAGGUUGACGAAGAAAAAGAGGAGGAUAGCAAGAAAGUGGCGGAGCGAAGUUUUAGCGAUUCCGACGAGGAACCAUUGGCGAGUAAAUUCCAGCGCAAAAAGCAACAAAUCCGACAACAGCAGCAGGCGAAAGGCGGCAAAAGCCAGCAGGCAAAGGCAACAAAGCCUAGUCCAGGCAAAAAGGCGGCCAAAGGCCAGAAGGUGGAAAGUCCAUCAAGCGAGCAGCACGACGCGGGAUCUCCCCGCGGAAAGCAAGGCACGAGCCAGUCGAAGGCGGAUGAAACCCCUAAGCAAAGUUCUCCGGCAUCAUCCACACCACGAGGGACCCCGAAAAGAUUGGCAACUUCUCCAGUGGGUAAACAGAACGGUACGACAACGCCAUCCUCUCCCGUGGCUGUUACUCCAACCGUCACCUCGUUGGGUUUGAAAACCCCUCCAACGACUAAGGCCGGUGGUCCGAAGGUGGUGACCCACAGUACGCCACAUGAAUCUCCCUCAGCGAAGGAACCACCCGAUGCUAACCAUAGUUCUGCCGGUUCUCGAUUAAACAAAUCACUGGAUAAUACACAACCAUUCUCGACGAUGGCGGAAGCAAGCGAGAGUCCCAUUAAGAUACCGCAGGUGUUGAACAUACCGACCGUUCUAACGUCUCCGGUGCAAGCGGCCGCGACGCAGCAUCCAUUUACACGUGCUGUGGUAAAGCCAGCGGCUGGUCUGAACUCUACCUCCGGAGUGGAUAAUGUACCAGGAGGAGCAGGGCAUUCUUUUUUGGACAAAUCGACUGUCCCUCCGCCGUCGGGAACCGGCAUCGUGGACACCAUUCCUUUUAAUCGACCGGCACCGGUAGCGCUGGACGAAUCCGACUUUCUGAAAGGUUUCGAACAGAGUCACUCACCAACCGACCCAGCUGCCGCCGCUGCGCCAGUCAAGUCACCCGGCACUGGUGGCAAUUCGUUGCUAGGCAACCUGCUACCGAGCAAGGAGGAGUCGGAGAAAAUUUUCGGCAUAGCAAGCGUCAGUUUGGCGCAAAGCUCCGGUCCGCUGGAUACCAAGUGCACGCUGGGAAAGUGCGGCUCGGUGCACAAACCGCCCCUCGGCCCUCCGGUACUUACAGAGUCGCUGCUGGGAGGGAAUCUAUCGCCGCGUGACCGACGGAAGGCGAAGGUGAACAUGACGCAUGAACAGAUACAGAAGUGGAUCGACGAAUCGUCCUGGUCGCCGAUAGAGGACGACCUGAAGGAUGAUGAUUUAGAAGUGAUCGAACCGGGCGCACCAUCACCAUUAGCACCACCAACAUCAUCCACUUCCGGUCCGGUGACAGCGCAAUGGGAACGGUUGAAUAUACCGACGCCUGGAGGAGGAGUGUCGGGUGAUCCUGCGACAAACUCUGCAUCUGUACCUGUGCAGACCGGCACAUCCACACCAGUGGCCGCAACUCUUACCGUUGGGAAUGGACGUACGAAAGAAGAAAACGACCUUCCGAAAGGACAAACACCCGGCGGCGGAAUACAGCCGAAGUCGGCUGCCGGUUCGGGAAAAGUGCCAGCUCAGGACGUAAUAACAUCUCCUUCCGUUGUGACCACCGGAACCGGUGAUGUUGCUGGAAAGAAAAUGACCGCGGGUGAAACUAGCACUACACCGACCGGACGACAAAAAAGGGAACCGGUAACUCCCACCACGACCGGUGGGAAGGGACGUGAGCUAAAAGAGACGCGUAAAUCGAAAGUAGAAACAUCGGGCGGUGGCUCCUCAUCGAUGACGAACAACGCACCACAAUCACGCUCACCGGCGACUACUCACACACCCACAACCCCCGCCGAUCGUAAGCCAAUCUAUCGGACGGCAACUGGCCGAACGCCGGUGUAUAAACAAGAUCCGCUUGUAUCGCCGACACCGAAACCCAGCCAAUCCCAAACGAUGACCCCAACAUCGCGUCCUACAGUACCGACUGCUGGCCCACCGGGAUCGUCCUCAACAUCACAGCAACAACAAUCGAACAGUAACAAGUUUGGCGCCUUUUCCCCCGUCAACGAACCGAGCGUUUAUUCAUUCGAUAAGGAGGAAGAUUUUAUGCCCGUUGCGACACCCUUCCGGAGGCAACAGCAGCAGCAUUCCGGUGCUGCUACUGGUCGAAGAGAAUCGUGCAAUUCAUCUGCCCGUGAUGAACCAACCGCAACCGGUGGUGGCGUUAAACGUGAACCAACACCCGUGGCGCCGGAGGACAAGCUUACAAAAUCAUCCUCCUCCGUGCCAGCACAGGCGCCUGGGGGAAGCGGUCUCCCGAAAGCGAAUUCAAGAUCGAACGAAAAUGUCAAACCGGGAAGUGGAGUAGACAAGAAAAAGCAGUCGGAGGAUGAAACGCCGAAGAGAACGGGAAUUACACCGGAAGUACCGCCGAGUACCGCGAGCGAUACGGAUGCGGAUGGUGGCGGUGGUGGUGGUGGUGGACAAACGUUCUACAUUCCACUACAGGGACCUUCGUCAGCGGCGGCGGCCGGUGCAGGUGGAUCGGCGGGUGGUGGCAAAUCGGCGGAUCAGCUCAUCCAGGGUGUGGCCGUGAAGCUCGGUACCGAAGGACCGGACGGUCCAAACCAGCGUGUCAUCAUGCACGCGAAACUCGUGACCAAGGCUGAGAUGGGCUCGAAUCCGACCACUCUGCCGGACUCGAUGAACGUGCAGGAGCUGGUGAAAAGCUUGACGCAGGCGGGCGGAUCAACGGCCUGUGCGCUGAGCAAGGAAGGCCUGGCGAAACUUGUCCCGAUCGGAACAGUACAGCCACGCUUCAAAUCGACCGAAGCUGCUGCAAUAACCGCACAACAACAGGAGGAUCGCAACAGCGCCGAACCUCCGAUGUCUCGUGGUGGUCUGUCACGCAUCAACUCCAACUCGUCGCUAUCCUCGCAGCGCUCGAAGCCGACGAAAGCUGCUGGUACGGGUACUGGUGGGACGAAUGCAAAGAUCAAGGGUGGUGAAACGGUCGUUGCACCCAACCCUGACAAUAAUACCGUGUUUCCGCGGCGAGACGAUCCCGCCCAGAUGGUAGAGGCGCCAGUGUUCAAGCCUACCGAGAAGGAAUUCCAGGACCCCGUUGAAUACAUCGAACGGAUCGCGCCGGUUGCGUCACGGUUUGGCAUCUGCCGGAUCAUUCCACCGGCGAGCUUUAAACCGGAGUGUCGCAUCGCGGACGACAUGCGUUUCAUGGCGUACAACCAGUAUGUGCACAAGAUGCUGCACCGGUGGGGUCCGAGCGCCAAGGAGUACGCCGCCAUUAAGAAGUAUUUGGCCACGCAAAGCAUCAACCUACAGGCACCUCCCGUCAUCGGUGGGAUGGAGGUAGACCUGCCCCGGCUCUAUCACACCGUGCAAGAGCUCGGUGGGUUGAAGGAGGUGAUCGAAAAGAAACGGUGGGCUCGCGUUUCGGAGGACAUGUGCAUACCGAAGGCGGCGCACGAUCGAGUUUCGAAGCUGGACGACAUCUACUGCAAGUAUCUGCUGCCGUACGACACGCUCUCGCCGGCCGAGCGCCAGAAGCUGUUUGACGAGGUCGAGGCGGACUGGGCGAAGCGGGAGGCGAAAGCACGGCGCAACGCGGACAAGGGUGUCGGUUCGGAGAUACGCAACAGCGGCGAUUCGGACGACGACGACGACGGCGAUGAGGACGAUGACGGUGAAGAUGAGGACGACGACGAGGAGGACUUUUCGAUGGAGUGCAUCGUGAAGGGGCGCAACAUGCCGCUGAACCAGUUCUUCCGCAUCGCGCGCAACACCAUGUCGCUGUGGUUUAAAAACAGCGAGCCGACGGUGGCGGAAAUCGAGGCGGAGUACUGGCGCCACGUGGCCGUCCGCGAUAGCCACGUGUGCGUUCACUCGGGCUCGAUCGACUCAAGCGCUUUCGGAUUCGGCUUUCCCAACCCGAAGGUGAAGGGUUCAUCGUGCGCCAAGCAUCCGUGGAAUCUGAAGGUGCUCACGAACAACAGUGGCUCCAUUCUGCGCUCACUCGGGCCCGUGAUGGGCAUAACCAUCCCGACGCUGCACGUAGGCAUGCUGUUCAGUGCCUGCUGCUGGUACCGGGACCCACACGGUCUGCCUUGGAUCGAGUAUCUGCACACGGGCGCAAACAAGAUCUGGUACGGUGUUCCGGAUGAUCAGAACGCCAACUUCCGAGCCGCGCUAACCGUGCUGGUGCCGACGCACUGUCAAAACAAAACGAUCUGGCUACCGUGCGACACGGCGAUGGUGCCGCCGCAUAUGCUUACCGACCGGAACGUGUCGCUCUGCCGGACCGAGCAGCAACCGGGUCAGUUCGUCGUGGUAUUCCCGCGGGCGUACACCUCCAGCCUGUGCACCGGGUACGCAGUGUCCGAGAGUGUCUACUUUGCCACCAACAGCUGGCUCGACACGGCAAAGGACGAUUUUAGGGAUAUACAGGAAAGCUGUGAACCGACAAUGUUUUCCGUGGAGCAAUUACUCUUUGCGAUCGCGAACGAUCAACGUAGCAACCACGAUACGCUCGUGCAGGCUUACCCGAUGAUCGUUGGUAUCUACGAAAAGGAAAAGCAGCACCGUCAAACGUUGAAGGAACAAGGUGUAACUAAGUCGGAAAAGAUCGAAUCAAAGAAGAAAACCGUCUCGCUGGAGGAAUUCGAAUGCGAACGGUGUCGAGCGAACCUAUACCUUUCGUUGGUGAAGGUGAAAGUGACCAACUCGGCGAAGGAUCGCAGUUCGUCGGUGAACGAAGACGACGACGACGACGAUGAUGACGAGGAGGAGGAAGAGGAACGUAUUUACUGCCUCAAGCACGCGGUGAAGCAUCUGGCCGAUGGUGGCCUGCAGACGAAACAUUGCCGGCUCGCGUACACCUACUCUCUCGAGGACAUCGAAGAUCUGCUGAAGAAGCUGCAGGAUCGGAUCGCCAACAAAAAGUCCUCCAAAUCAAGUGCCGCUGGUAGCAGUGCUGGUGGCGGGGGUGGAGGUGGAGGAGGCGGUGGUGGUGGUGGCGGUAGUGGUGGCGGAGGGAAAGGAAAAUCAUCUCUCCAUCUAGCAUCCACCUCGUCGCAGUCGUCAUCUUCGUAUCAGGCACCUAGUCAUAGUAAGUUCGCAGGUAUGGCAACGAUGUUAAAGUAGGCGAAGACGAAUGGCAAAUGUCAUUUCGAAUGAGUUUGAGUUUUCUUUUUCUACUAGCCCUCCAUAGUAACAACAACUAAAGUCGAUCUUUUACCAGGUGAACAUCCUUAUGGGUUUGUGCUAAGUGUAAAGUAAUCAAUCUAAUCCUCGAAUGGGAUUUUGUGAAAAUUUUACCGACACGAUUUCGAAAUGUCAGAGAAAAAAUAAUAGAUCUAUUCCCUGCCCUCUAGGUAGAGUUAGAAAGAAGUGAGAACCGGGAAAAAAACAACCAUACCGAAACACUUAUUUUCUAUCACCGUUUUUUUUAUUACCAUCAUAUUGUUUUGAUAAAAACAACUUAAAGAUACCCUGUGCCAUUUGACUAAAAAGGUUUCUCGCGACAAAAGACUAGAAAUACAAGCAAAGGAGUGCAUUAGGCAACUAGAAUGAAUGCAGAAUGCAUUAGUAGAGCAAGAUUUUCCCUGAUUUUCAACGUACCCCUGCUUUCUCUCUUGGCCAUCUAUCUAAGUGAAAUGUUCAUUUUCGUUCCCGCGCACAUCAAUCAAUCGGAUCAUAUCAAAAAUAGGGGGCUGCUCCCAGUGCCGGGUAACCGUGGCUUCCCUCGACGAAGUAUUAGUGGCCAUUUCCUUUCAACAUUUCUAAAACUCCUAACUGCUGCAGUGCUGAGGUGUUACAAUUUUCCUUGAAAGAAAGGACUAACGGUCUUUUUUGUUUGGUUUUUAGUGCAACCGGUUGUUCGCACCGGGAACAGUAUUAAAAAGCAGAAUAGAUUAUUUGUAUAAAACAUUCGUGUGCACUGUUUGGUUGGACAGCCGGUUCCACGACAAACAGUUCCGACCGCAAACCCGGGACGUGUAAAGCGCAAAUACAAAUAUAUUUGUACGUGAGGGAUUUGUAGCAAUUGGCAGACUACAAUUGCAGCAACUGCUACUACUAUUACUACUACAGUGUGUGUUUAGCUUUAGUGAUACUAAAAGAUAGUUAUGCUUAUGACCAGUAUGUUUAGGCUUUUCAUUGGACUCGCACGUGCUUCGCCCGAGAGAUACUAGGUUUUUUUUAUGGCCACUGCAAACUCCACUCUUACGAAAAACGUACUCCUUCGAUAUAAUCGGAAGAGGAGCGUUUUUAUAUUGCAAAUCACAUUUUAUUUAAACCCUUAUUGUGUGCAAAGUGUAAAUUCUAAUCUUUUCUUGAUUUCUCUGGUGGGAGAGGAUUUUUUUACUUAGGAUUGUCGAUGUUGAAGGAGGUUUAGGGCCAUAAGUUAGCUGGAUAAAAGGAUAAAUAUUCUAACUUUUUUUUACCAUCGCG